AUGGAGGAAUUCCACGAAGCUGCCUUGGCUUUUCUGAUUAAUGCUGUGGAUUACGCUUUGGAGAAGCUGGCCCUACAAGAGUCACUGCUCAAGCACGCCAAGUUUGUCCAUGUCCGGCAAAGGUUAAAAUGUGCCAAAGAAGAUGUUCUUUACUUUUUGAGAGGUAAGGAUUUUUUCAGCAAUUUCUGCUUAUCUUUUGAAGAAAUAUAACAGAUUUGUUUCCACUGUGGUCUCUGUUCAUUCCUCAAAGCUGGUCCUGGUGUUACCCUACUUCAAUGCUGAUGCAAAGAGGGUGUUUUCUGCAGUGGGUCUAAACAAGACCAAAACCAGGAACAGCCUGGCUCUGGAUGGAACCCUGUCAUCCAUAAUGACAAUCAAGAUGGCUGGCCCCGAGCCCACCCCCAAAAUAUUCAAGGCCUCAAAAAAGGCCACAAGCAAGUACACAGCUCUUAUGGACUGA